AACUUCGUGAUGUGAAUUAGAAUAGCCUUGCUUGGCUCUUACAAAAGUUUGAUAUAAUAAUAUAAUACAUAUACUAAAAAAUUUUAGCCCUCUAGCUGUUUUCGUUCGGAUCUUAUUUGAUGAUGGGUAUAAAAAAAUACUCAUUUUGUAUGGAUAUAGACCCUAAAAGGUGAAAACAAAAAUAAAAAAUUGAUAUAGACCAUUAAACAGCAAUUAUUGUUGCCAUUAAAAACUUAAUAACUUUUUUUCAAUUUUACAUAACGGUGUAUAAAUCUAUAAUUUUGUUCAAAAUUAAUGUCGAAAUCAAAUGAGAAAAUUAUAAAAAAAUCUAUCACGUAAAUUUUGAGAAAAGUUUAUGUAAAUCUUCUAAGUCGCUUUUCUCAAUAACAAGUGUUUGGUGUAUAGGUCAAACCAAUAAUAUACUGACGAUAUGGUAUCGAACUUUUAUCCACGAAAUGAUUUAAAUUUUAGUUCUGUACACCACUAAUUCGUUUAAAUUCGUCAAAAUAAAAAUAUAUUAUUUUUAAUUAAAAAGAGAUUCGGUCAAUUUUUAGGAAAUUUAAGCAAUUGAUGACGUCGUUGCCUGUCCCAUCAUUAGAAAAUUGCAACAAAAAUAUAUUUGAGUAAAAAUGCAAUUUAGUGCACGCUCAACUAUUGUAGCAUUUACAUCAGUGAACAAAAAAUAAAUAGUUCAGAAUAAUUUUUCAAAUAAUCGCACAAAUUUAUGCAUGUGUAUGUGCAUUAAAUUAAAUAAUUUUUCUGUAUAUCUUAAAAUAUAUACAUACGAAUUCAACGUACAUUAUAUGAGCACAACAAAGAAGUGGUAAAAUGUCUAUGCUCCUACAGAAAUUCAAAGUAUUAAUAACGAAAUAUCCGAUUGUGAGGGGUAUGAUUUCCUACAGUUUCAUAUGGCCAACGAGCAGUUUAAUUCAACAAACGUUUGAAGGAAAACGAUGGGGAAAUUACGAUUGGUGGCGUGUUCUGCGAUUUAGUCUAUAUGGAGGCUUUUUUGUGGCGCCCACAAUUUAUGGUUGGUUUAAGAUUUCUUCUGCGAUGUGGCCCCAAACAUCCUUGAAGACAGCCGUCAUGAAAGCAGCUGUUGAAACGAUAUCAUACACUCCUGCGGCCAUGACAUGCUUUUAUUUCUUCAUGAGCAUAUUAGAAUUGAAAACAAUAGAGGAAGCUGCAGCUGAAGUGAGCAAAAAGUUUUGGCCUACCUAUAAGAUUGGUGCAUCUAUAUGGCCGAUUGUAGCCACCAUUAAUUUCUCUGUAAUACCUGAACGUAAUAGGGUUCCUUUCAUUAGUGUAUGUAGCUUAUUGUGGACAUGUUUUUUGGCCUAUAUGAAACAUUUAGAACAUCAUCAAAUGGAUGAUGAAAGUAAUUAUUCGAUAAUGAAGAAAAUUGAAAGCUAGUGGAAAAUAUUGAUUAAGUAUAAAUUAACAGGAAUACAUUGUAAUUUCUUGUAUGUUUUUUGUUAAAUAAAUAUCUAAUAAAUUAUCUAUGUAUUUAAAUGUAACAUUUUUUACAAUAUUUUUAGAGGCAUUGCUUCAAUUCUCCUUUACUCACCACUUUGCAGAGUUGUAUGAAAAAGUAUGUUUAGUUUACAUUUUAGUACGGGCUUGGCAACUCUGUUUAGGGUACAGAGACAUGCGCUAAUUCGACUUAAAGACAAAGCCUUGACUCCG